AUCCGUUUGAUAAUACUGCACAGUUGUGUGCCAUGACUAAAGCUCAUGGCAGUCAAUCAAUUGAAGUGAUUGUGCUCGGGAAUAAUAAAAAUACACUGCAAUGGGCUCGCCAAAGGUUUUAGAUUUUGUUUUGGUUACUUUUUUCUUCAACGUUCUCAUCUUCUUUCGAGCGGAAUGCAACGCAGCGACCGCUCCGGAAGUAACCGUACCUCAAGGCGAUCUGCAGGGCGCGAUUCUGUUCAGUCGCCAGAACAGAAGCAUCUUUGCAUUCUAUGGAAUUCCAUAUGGUCAACCACCUAUCGGAGAUUUAAGAUUCAGCAGCCCUGUUGCAGCAGACGCUUGGAACGGAACUCUGAACGCAACUGUUGAAGGGAACGUGUGCACUCAGUAUUCUAACGGAGCAGUUAUUGGAGACGAGGACUGUUUAUACUUGAACGUUUACACGCCUCAGCUUCCGAACAACACUAACUCAUCACUGCUUCCGGUAAUGGUUUGGAUACCUGGUGGCGGAUUCGAGCAGGGCAGUGGGAAUUCGGAUCUCUAUAGUUCAGAGUUCCUUCUCGACUCAGACGUGCUCCUCGUUACAGUCAACUAUCGCCUCGACGCGCUGGGCUUUCUGAGCACCGGAGAUGAGGUUGCCCCCGGAAACUGGGGGAUGAAGGACCAAGUUCUGGCUCUGAAAUGGGUCCAGAAUAAUAUUGCAUACUUCGGCGGUGAUCCUGACCAAAUUACACUUUUUGGUCAAAGCGCUGGCGGUGCAUCAGUGCAACUUCUCGCAUUAUCGGAUUUGACCACUGGUCUUUUCCAUAAGUAUAUUUCACACAGUGGGUCGGCACUCGGUUUCUGGCCCUGGAGGCUCAGUUCAACCUACGCCAAUGUGGCUUUUGAGCUCGGCGAGUACGUUGGCUGCCCGACGAAUGGGUCCAUUUAUCUUGUAGCCUGUCUCAGGCAAAUCAAUGCGUCGGUCAUCACACAGGCCAGAACCCAGUUCUACGUCUGGGGGACGAAUCCGUUUCCGGUCUGGGGUCCGACCGAUGAGCCGGACAUGGAUGGUGCCUUCCUUACUGACAAUCCUGCAACUCUUAUUGCGGCUGGCAAAAUGCGUGACCUGCCAUCCAUCACUGGCAGUGUCAGAGAUGAAGGCGCCGGGUUUUUAGUUGCCAGCCUUCCAGGGUCUGACUUGCUCGAAAUUCUGAUAGAUGAUUUUGACAACCUUGCGCCAAUUAUCUACCAAUAUUCCGGACGAGUAGACGACGAGUCCAGUUUUACCGCUGCAUUAAAGUCGUACUAUUUCAACAACGACAUGACGACUAAUAGUACUCUGCUGUGGUAUAAUCUCACUCGACUAGUGACUGACUUAUUCUUUACGUAUCCAAUCUAUACCGCGGUUCAGGAACAGUACGCAAUUGCCGAAAAUUCGCCGUACUUCUAUUCGUUCGAGUACCGUGGAACCUACAGCUAUGGAAGUCAAUACAUUUACAGUUCCUUGCUGGACGAAAGUAUCAGCCACUGCGACGAGCUACUCUACUUGUUCCCAGAGACUGAGUCACUCUUCGGUGUGGGAACCGAGAACAUGACCGAAACUGACCUUCUCAUGGUCGACACGAUGGUUCAACUCUGGACCUCCUUCGCCAUCAAUGGGACACCAACUACUUCAGCGGUGAUCAGCAACACGACUUGGUUACCAUAUUCUGCGAAUGGUAACUACCUCCGUAUUGGUAACGACGAUGAUCCGACGCUCGAAAUCCAGUACAAUUUUCUCCAGGAGAGAAUGCUUUUUUGGAAGGAACUGAUGACCUCCACAACUUCAGGGAGUACAUCCUAUGGUUCAUUCUCCCUGCGACCAAUUGCUAUUCUUUUGAUUAUUUAUUCGAAAGUAUUUUUGUAGGCAAAUGCAACAGAUUUUUUUUUAUCAGUAUCGAUUCAAGAAACGAUCCAACGAAUUAUAUUUCCAAAAAAAUGUAUCAAAACUCGAGGAGAUCCAAUGUGAACAUUAUUUGUGACUAAUUUUAUUAAAUGGAAAAUUAUGUCAUCGGUAA